CAAAGUGUCUCGCGCUACCUCAACAAGUGAAGCUUGCAACUUAUACAGCUUUUUGCAUAAAAAAAGCUCUGUGAAAAAAUCUAAAAAGUGAAAUGUGUUGAACAUUAAUGAACAAGUUACUGGACGAUGUGUUCAAUUUUAGAAUGUUUAUUUAACUGAUAGUCAGUGGUAUGCGUAAGUUAGGAAUGGUUUGCAGUGAUAGUUGAUAUUGGUUGUGUGAAAAAAACAAGAUGGCGGCUCGGGGGACCAAACGCUUGUUGUCGAUUUUCUUCAGCAUUCUUCUGCUGGGACGAGCUAUUGCUGGUCGUGGUCACACAGAAGUCCGCGUGGAACUGCAGAUGGAGCGAUGGGCGGCACGAGGAGGUUCCGUGCGGUUACGGUGCAUGCACGACGUGCCAUUGCAUCUACUUGACAAGGUCGUCUUCUUGAGACACGGCACAAAGAUAUUCCAGUACAUCAAGGAUAGGAAACCACCGUACAGAAACUUCACAACCCCAGGAGCAGUACUAAAUAUAGCGUUGGCGACUGAUAACUCAAUAAUCCUCCAGAACUUAGACUUUGCGGCAAGUGGCAGUUACUCCUGUGAAGUCUCCAUGGAUACGCCCAUCUAUACUAAAGAGUCCACCGCUAAACAAUUAACAGUAUUCCAUCCACAAAAGCAUCACCCAAGAAUCGACUUCCCUACACGGUACAUCAGCUUCGGUGAGACUCUCCGUGCGAAUUGUACCACCGCGCCCGCUCUCCCUGCGCCCCAUAUCACAUGGUUCAUUAACGGUAGAAAGAUGGAUGAACUGGUGGUCCAUUCCCAUAAGUAUCGUGUACCAUUGAACGAGAGACGCAGAGGGUUGCAGAAACCGUUCGAAUACGAGAGUGGCAGCGCACCGCCGCCCGUGCUGGCCUUAACACACAUCUCACACGUCGCUACGAAAUCACCUGGAUGUAAUUUAAAGGAAAAUCAGAUUGAAUUAGUGCAUAAUCUUGAAGAAACGAACGAGAAUAGAACGAUCAGUCGCCACAGAGGUAGAAGACCGAGCCGUGGUCGGGAUCUGUAUGUAUCGGUGUCUGAAAUACAACUGCUAGCAACGGGAAGACUAGAGGUGACCUGUGUAAGCACUAUUCCUGAGUUCAGAAGUAUUGAUGACAAAUUCGCGGAUGUCAGAAAUGAUACAGUAAUUGUGGAUUUAAUAAAACCAUCAACUUAUUCUCAAGAAUCAAAUGACACGAUGAAAGCAGGUUCCAGCAUAUCAAAAGCCAAUAGUUUGUCUCUUUCACACGUCAUUCUUUCCAUACCUUUUAUAAGCCUCAAAACAAUUGUUUGACAGCUGUUUUAUAAAUAUUUUAAAUCAAAUUAAUUAUUGGGCUGUGAUAAAAUAUAAAUAUCAUUUUAAUGUUAUACUGCUGAAGGAUUAAGUUCGAAUUGUUUGCCAUAAAUGCUUUGUUAUUUUAUGAUAUAGAAUUAUAUAUUGGUUGUUUACAC